AUGAAACUGCCUCUUAUGAGGUGAUCGAUCGUCUUGUGGUGCGAAUGAGAGCUGACAUCAUUCUUUCAAGUGUGGUGGGUGUGAUGAAUGUUAGACAGCACUGAGUGAGACUUGAACCUCGUGAACAGGGAUAUGGAGUCUGGGGAACGAUUGACAUCUGCUUCCUCAGCCCCUUCUUCUACAUCUUCAGCAUCUUCUACAUCGACAGCAUCAGGUGCUUCUAAGGGCAGCCUUUCCACAGGGUUUGGCUCCACACUGUCAACCUGUGGGCAAAUGUUUAGAGCAGCAGCUGGAGAUCAGCCAUUUAAUUUGUCUGCAGCAUCGAGUGCCUUCCCAAUGCUCAGCCACCCAGCCUUUGGUCUGCACACGACAAACUCAGGGCGUUCAGAGUUUGGUGGCCUGGGGACGAUUGGUGCUUCUACAGCCUUAGUGGGACACUCGCAAAUACCAGCUUUUCCAGGUACAGAAUGGUGGCGAGCUACAGAGACACACGCUCGCACAGGAACCACUUUCUUUCCAUCAGGCAUGCUGAGAAUUCCACCGCUGUUUGCUUCUUCAACACAAAAUCAUGAUUCCAAUUCAUUUCAUUCCCGAAACACACACAAAUUUGGUCAGGGGACGCAAAAAGGUAUGAAUGGGGCGUUGAAUGGAAGUAGCAUUACCACAGUGUCAGGAGUCAGCACAUCUGGAUCAACUACGGCCGGAAUGGUUUCUUCAGGACAGACAAAAGUAUCGAGUUCUGGCGGAAAAGGACGCAAAUGCAGUCUUGAGCAAAACCAGCUGACAGACACUCCAGCAGAGAAAUUAAAAGAAAAGAAGGCCAGAAAGAAGGCAAUUGAAAGCUCCAGCAAUAGCGAAAGUGAAUCAGGCACAUCAUCAGACUCCUCCAGUGAAGGCCUGAGCAGCAGUGACUCUGAUGACUUUGACGAUGAUGACGAUGACGACGAUGACGAUGAUGAUGAUGAUGAUGAUGAUGAAGAUCACAGUGUUGGGGAGGAAGAUACAGAGGAGGAGGAUUCAGAUUCUGAAACUGAAGCCCCACAUGCAAAAAAGAACAAGGGUUUAGUACACAUUCUAAAGGAGCCGAAAAAAAGCCAGACUGUUGCUGACCAUAAACAGUCCCAGGACAAGAGAAUGCACCAGCAUCUACAACUUGCCAUUGAGUCUCAGACUUCACAUCCAUUCCAGUCCCAAAAACAACCUCAGGUUUUGUCACAACUUUCCCUCGUUUUCCAGAGCUCUCAGGCCAAUGAUGAGACUGGUAAGAAACACCAGAGUGUCAUUCAGUCGACAGGACUAUUGGUUGGGAUGAAACCUGUGCCUUUGAUCAAUGAGGGAAGGAAAGAGACUUCUCCAAAGCCAGCUAGUGCUACACCUGAAUUUCUCAAGGCAGGGAACAAAUGUGUUUCUCAAGACCUGGGGUCACUCAAUGAUUUCCGUUUGAAGCAGGAAUUAUUUAAGCAGACAUUUCCAGCGCAGUUAAAGAGACAACAGGAACAGUACAAAGCUCAGAAGAAGGCAGCAGCGGGCAGCAAGAGCUUCCAGACAUCUUUGUCUAGUUCUAAACCUACUGCAAGUUCACCAGCACAUCAGAAACUGUCCGCAGCUGAGAGUAACCAGUUCAGCCCUUUGGUAGCAAAUGCACUUGUUGCACAGCAUCAAUCUAAUGGGGUGAUUCAAAGUGUCAUUCAGGAAGCCCCUUUGGCACUUAUGACCAAAUCAAGAAUUCAUACUAAGCAUAUUGAUAAAAUAGUUCCAAACUCCAGCAGCAGCACAUCGUUUUCAUCAGUUCAUUUAGGUUCUAGUUUGAAGAAUCAUUCCAGCAAUCGACUUUCUACCUCUCCUGUAUUAUCCCAGAAUUCUGUUCAAGAGAAAGGCCUGGGGCAUCAUUCCACCCAAUUGUUAGUUGAUUAUUUCCGAGGUAUGGACUCUGAUAUCCCAAGUAGCAAGGAUUCUGAUGAGUCAAAUGAAGAGGAUGAUGAAGAUGAUGAUGAGGAAGACGAUUCUGAUGACAGUCAGUCAGAAGCUAACAGUGAUUCCGAGACUGAGACUGAUGGAUCUGAAGAAGAGGAUAAAGAACAAGACGAGACUGAAACGGAUACAGAAGGAGAAAAAACUCCCCAGAAACUUAACAAAACUGCUCCUUCAUGUCACAGUUCCUCCAGUCAGUCAGCGUCGACCCCCGUUAACCACACACUGAAACCCCCAAACUCCGCACCGGCUUCGCUGGCCCCUGGCCCCACAUUGCUCACUUACACUGGCUCUGCAUCAUCUUCGUAUGAUACACCGACUCCAUCUGGAUCAAGUAAACGGAGGAGAGUAACAGAUGAACGAGAGCUACGCAUUCCCUUAGAAUAUGGGUGGCAGAGAGAGACAAGAAUCCGGAGCUCUGCUGGGCGCCUUCAGGGCGAGGUGGUUUAUUAUGCCCCUUGCGGGAAGAAACUCCGUCAGUAUCCUGAAGUAAUAAAGUACCUUACCAGGAAUGGAAUAACAGACAUCACUAGGGACAAUUUUAGCUUCAGUGCAAAAAUGAAGGUUGGUGACUUCUAUGAAGCCAGAGAUGGGCCUCAGGGUCUGCAGUGGUGCCAUCUGCAAGAGGAGGAAAUCUCUCCGAAAAUCAAAGCAAUGGAAGGGCGGAGAGGUCGCCCCCCCAACCCCGAGAAACAGCGAGCCCGAGAGGAGUCCAAACUGAGACGUCGCAAAGGCCGACCACCAAACGUUGCCAGGCCUGAGUUCCAAAAGAACAGUAAUGAAAAACUGUUACUAAAAUUAGAAGCCCAAGCGUAUGCAAGGAAAGCCGCGGAAAUAAAGAUGAUGCAAAAACUUGAAAAACAAGCAAUGGUGCAAGCAGCUAAGGAAGCCAGGAAACAACAAGCAAUAAUGGCAGCAGAAGAAAAACGGAAACAAAAGGAACAGCUAAAGAUGAUGAAGCAACAGGAAAAAAUCAAAAGAAUUCAGCAAAUAAGAAUGGAAAAGGAGCUCCGAGCUCAACAAAUUCUUGAGGCUAAGAGGAAAAAGAAGGAAGAAGCAGCAAAUGCAAAAUUAUUGGAAGCCGAGAAACGCACCAAGGAGAAGGAAUUGAGAAGGCAACAAGCUGUCGUCCUGAAACAUCAGGAGUUGGAGAGGCAUAGACUAGAUAUGGAAAAGGAGAGGAGAAGGCAACAUAUGAUGCUCAUGAAAGCAAUGGAAGCUCGGAAAAAGGCUGAAGAAAAGGAACGCUUGAAGCAGGAAAAAAAGGUGGAGAAACGUUUAAAUAAAGAACGGAAAUUAGAGCAGAAGAAAUUGGAACUCCAAAUGGCUAAGGAAUUAAAGAAACCCAAUGAAGAUAUGUGUUUGUCAGAUCAUAAGGCUUUGCCGGAGUUUCACCCCAUUCCUGGUCUUGUGUUGUGCGGGGGUGCCUUUGCUGACUGCCUUAUGAUAGUACAGUUUCUCCAUAACUUUGGCAAGGUUCUUGGCUUCGAUUUAAAUCUUGACGUCCCAACUCUGAAUGUGCUUCAAGAAGGACUGGUUAAUGUGGGUGACAGUGUGGGCGAAAUCCAAGAUUUGUUGGUGAAACUAUUGGCAGCUGCUAUCCAUGACCCAGGACUACCUCCAGGAUAUAGGGUCAGGACUUUUCUCGGAGACCAUGUGACCAAUGUCAAGAUCAACCGGGACAAUGUUUCAGAAAUUUUGCAGAUUUAUAUGGAGGCUCAUAAUGGACAAACACGGUUUGCAGAAAGUUUAAGAACAAAACCUUUCCAGGCACAUGCUCCGGUUCAGAAAACAUCAGUGCUUGCAUUCUUGGUUAAUGAACUUGCAUGCAGUAAAAUUGUGGUGAAUGAAAUUGAUAAAAACAUUGACCACAUGUCCAAUCUAAGAAGAGACAAAUGGAUUGUGGAAGGCAAGCUUCGCAAGCUUAAAAUGAUUCACGCUAAGAGAACUGGUAAGAAGGAGACGAUGGGCAGUGUGGACAGCAAUGGGGAGCAGCGAUCACUGGGUACAUCCACUGCUGGCCGCAAGAGAAAACGGAAAGGUGGAGACAGUGAUGAUGAUGAAGAUGACGAUGAUGACAGUGACGAUCAGGGGGAUGAUGACGAGGAGGAGGAAGAAAAGGAUGAAGAUAAGAAAGGGAAAAAAUUGGAAAUCAUUGAAGAUGAGGAUGAUGGAGAGCAGUCAACUAGUGUGGAGGAAUUGGAAAAACAGAUAGAGAAAUUGAUUAAGCAACAAAGUCAGUACCGGAAGAAGUUGUUUGAAGCAUCUCAUUCACUGCGUGCAAUGACGUUUGGCCAGGAUCGUUACAAGCGGAGGUACUGGGUCCUACCACAAUGUGGAGGGCUGUUUGUUGAAGGCCUGGAAAGUGCAGAAGGUCCUGAAGAGGUGGCGAAAGAAAGAGAAAAACUGAGAAAUGGAGAGAGAGAAAAACUGAGAAACGGAGAAAGUGUACAGAUUAAGGAAGAACCUCCUGAGACACCUGAAGAAAAAAUGAACAAUUCCUGUUCAGCAACUAACAGCGGUGAUUUGUGCAAAAAUGAUUCAAAAGAGAAAAUUAGCACUAACCUGUUCUUGCAAAAGCCAGGUUCUUUUUCUAAACUGAGUAAGCUGUUAGAGGUAGCGAAAAUGCCUCCGGAAUCUGAUUUUGUGAAUCAGAAACAACACGUAAAUGCCACACCAACUUCAUCGCCUCCUCGUCACUGUAUCUCGCAAAACUCUAGUUCACAGCUUUCAACUUCUUCAGGGAAUUCAGGAAAAAUAGACUCUCCUGCAAAUCUCUUUAGCCCAAUGGUAAGUGGGCCAGGGAAGCUCUACAACUCACCUCUACUUCCAAAUGAUCAAUUGCUAAAGGUACUCACAGAGAAAGGUGGACAGUGGUUCAGCCUCCUACCAAGAAUGCCUUGUGAUGAAUCUUCCGUCACCUGUACAAAUGUGCCUCCGACUUCCUCUCAACAAUUGGCACAAUCUCAAUUUAAUUCUCAGUCUUCAUCUUCUUCUCCACUAAUGGGUUCAGCGUCCCUACAGAACGCAAUGGCUCUGAAUCCCUUUGCAUUAUCAGCUCUACAGAUGAAAUCAGGGUUACCUCUAAUGGGAAUUUCAUUUUGUGGAUGGCCAACUGGAGUGCUUAACCCAAAUCUUGCCUUUUCCUCACCACUGCCUAACCUGGGUGCAGGGUUUGGAUUAAUGGAAGGAAAUGGUAAUCCUUUCCUGCUACCUAGCAUUCCUGCAAGUGAAUCACCAGCACCACAAAACGAGAAGCUCCAAAACAGUGUACCUUCCUCUGCAGUUGAAGUAGGAAAACCAGUUGAUUAUCCCAGUCCAAGGCCUAUUCCAGAAGAAAUGCAACGUGGCUGGUGGCGAAUUACUGACCUGGAGGAGCUGAAGACUCUGUUUAAAGUGCUUCAUCUCAGGGGAAUCAGAGAAAAGGCUUUGCAGAAACAGCUUCAAAAGCACAUGGAUUACAUCAGUCAAGCCUGCAUCAAAAACAAGGAUGUAAUCAUAUUUGAACUAAAUGAAGAUGAUGAUGAAGAAAACCAGGUUACUGAUGAAGCUGUGCAUAACUGGUCAGUAGAGGAUCAAUCGUUUGAAAUUGAUCUCGCUAUUCUCCAGCAAGUUGAAGAACUGGAAAGGAAGGUGGCUUCAGCAAGUCUGCAGAUCAAGGGAUGGGUUUGUCCAGAGCCUGCUUCAGACAGGGAUGACCUGGUUUACUAUGAACACAAACCUUUUGAAAAGGAACAGACUGAGGGUGAGGGAGAACGCAUUGGGCAAGACGAUGAGGACACUGACCAGAUUAUAGAUCGACGAGACGGCAACCCACUAGAUAUAGCUGUAACAAGGCUGACUGAUUUGGAGAAGAACAUAGAGAGAAGGUAUCUGAAGAGCCCCUUAAGUACCACCAUUCAGAUCAAACUGGAUAAUGUGGGCACAGUUACAGUUCCUGCUCCUGCACCAUCCAAUACUGGUGAUGGUGAUGGAAAUGAUGAAGACAUUGCCCCUGGAUUAAAAAUGUGGCGUAAAGCCUUGUCUCAAGCACAGAGUGCAGCUCAGGUAGCAAUGUGCCUUCAACAGCUAGAGAAGGCAAUAGCUUGGGAGAAAUCCAUUAUGAAAGUUUACUGCCAGAUAUGUCGCAAAGGGGAUAAUGAAGAGUUGCUUCUGCUUUGUGAUGGUUGUGACAAAGGAUGUCACACUUACUGCCAUCGGCCCAAGAUCACAGCCAUUCCCGAUGGCGACUGGUUUUGUCCUGCCUGCAUUUCUAAGGCAAGUGGUCAAUCUCCCCGGAGUAAAAAGAUUAUAAAUCGUCCAAAAAAGUGUCUUGAACAGAAAAAGAGUAGGAGGUUAUCAGGAGCUGGAGUCAGUGAUGAGGAAGACACAGCGAGUACAAGCAGCACCCCAAAGAAGGGAGGUAAAGAGCCCAAGAAACGCAAGAUAGAUGACAGUCCAUCUGUGACUUCACCAAAACAAGAAGGUCCAUCACUUACCAAGAAGUGGAAAAUCUUAAAAGAUAAUAGCAAGGAUUUGCCUCUUUGCAGCGUGAUGUUAUCAGAACUGGAAACCCAUGAAGAUUCAUGGCCCUUUCUGCUCCCUGUGAACUCCAAGCUGGUGCCCGGCUACAGGAAGGUGAUAAAGAAACCAAUGGACUUCUCUGUUAUUAGAGAAAAACUCAGCAAUGGACUAUACCCCAACACGGAAGUAUUUGCUGCAGAUGCCAGACUAGUUUUUGACAACUGUGAAACAUUUAAUGAAGAUGACUCCGACAUAGGCAGAGCUGGCCAUAACAUGAGGAAAUUUUUUGAGAAACGAUGGGCUGAACUUUUCAAUGGAAGCUAAAGUUAUCAUAAAUACAAAAUAAAUCAGAAAGACAUUGGAACCAGCAGCCUGACAUACUAGUGUCUUUACAUCUGUAGGGAGGUGCAAGAUCAUUUGCACAAUUGAACUCGACACUGCAUUAAUUCUUAACAUGUGGAAACGUCCAGCCAAGGAUUAUUCUAGAAACAAAGGUCUUGCUCCUUUGGAGGCCAUAGCUCCUGGACUAUGGAAAUGUUUAAUGGACAGCUUCGGUAGAACAGGGAAGCACACCCAAAGAGUUCAGUGGCAUAGGGUGGUCCUAGUGCAAUAGCAACCAAUAAUUCAAAUCGCACUGAAUUAAUAUACAACCACCAGAGCUGUAAGGGGGGACUGGAAAUCCUCUCCCUCUUGUAAAAAAAAAUAUAUACAUGGAAGUAAAUGGAAAAAAUCUUGAAUUUUUUUUGACUUUGUAGGUUAUAUUUUAGUGAAUGUAUUUAAUUUUUGUUAAUUUAUGAAUGAAAAAUGUCGAGUCUUCAUUUUCUAUGAAAAGGAAGAGACAGCAAAUUGCUUUAAAUCUUCAAGGAAACAAAACAACGAAUGUUUUUAAAUAAUAAAACCAAGCCAAUUGAUAACUGUUUACACUGUUCUGUCCGGGAAGGGCACUGGAGAGCCUGUUGUUACUGUAGACACAAACUUCAAAAUCUGCUCAUCAAUGCACCACCUGCUUUAGUCUCAAAAUACAUUGCAGAUCAGUGGAGCAACAAAGAAACAUCUGUAUAUAAUUGUUCAUUAAUGUUAAUAUUAAUUAAGUCUUGUUCAAAUAUGUAUGAUGUGUACAUAUUGUUUGCAGAUAUUGAAUAUUGUUAUGCCUUAGAAUAACCGUAGCAUUUUAUUUCAGUCUUAAGAUUAUUAUACGUAAAUGGCUUGUACAUAUCCUCUACAAACACUGUGGAGUCUCCUAACAUUGGGUAGUGCCUGCCUUUAAACAGGGUGUAGGGGAUAUUAGGUUUUCCAUUUUCUAUUUUUGUUAUAUAAUUUUUUGAGCCACUGUGGUCUCAAAUUCCAAUAUAAUCAUUUGUAUCCAUACAAUAAAUUAAAACAAUUUCCUAUACACAGUAUUUUUCAUAAUGCAUUUCCCUCCAUCUGCCUUGCCACAGAACUUGGUACACAUUGGCUCUUUGUAACCACUGUGUUUAACUACUGUGUGUUGCGGUGGCCUGUUGGAGGCAGCUCAGAUCAGAAAUUUUUGUACCUGAGUCAAAGUACUUGAAGUUAUUUUAUUUAAAUAUGUUGUGAAAAAGGGUAGCUUUCUUUUUGUAGGAGCAUUAUUUUUCACUAGUAUGUGUGGCACGGACAUAAUAAAAGGGUGUUUUCCAA